AUGAAAAGAUUAUCCCUGUCCCGGUUGUCAAAACGGACCUCACAUUCACACCAUAACUCUCAAGGAGAUACAGUGGAAAAAAUGAAGGAACUAGAGGCAAAACACAAGGAGGUGAAAAUGCUAGCAGAAGAGGUGAAAAACAAGGUGUGGGACUUGCUUGUAAUCGGAAACUCCUUUAUAGAUGAUUUUCAAGUAGUCAAUCGUGUCUUGAAAAAACUUCCAAUUAAGCUGCUUCCUGACGAUUCUGAUGAGAGCAGUGAAUUAGAGGGACAAGAACGAGUUUAUUUGAGUCAAAAACUAGCAGAAUUCAGGAGAACUUUCAUACUGCAAGCCAAACAUGAAAAACAAACACGGCCAGGUAUAAAAGUUACAGACCCAAAGCUGCAAGACUUUAUCAGACAUAUUGAAUUGCUCUGGCCAGAGUUUCAAAACAGUGAACACCUGAAAAUAGUUGUUUAUGCUACAAGAGAUGCAAGAGCUAAACUUUGCAACAUUGUAGCCAUGUUUAAUCGCGAUGGACCUUAUGCAGAUUAUCUACACACUAAUAAGGAAGGUCAAAGCCACAGGGAAAGCGUUGAAGCACUACGUUCACGUUUCUUCAGAGUGUCCUGUGAUGUUUAUUGUAAAUCAGCAACAAUACAAACACUGGAACAAGUACAGCAGGAAUUAGAAGCAGUCAAGGAUGAAGCCAAGAAUUUAAAGGGAGAAACAGAGAAGAAGAUAGUCAAACGUGAGUUAGACGAAGUUGACAAAUUUUUAAAGAAACCAGCAGAGUUGUGGAAGGAAAAGCAUCCUGAUAAGCCUUUGAAGAAAUGA